UCUGGAAGCAUUUCUAUUUCGGCGCAAAUGUCGCGAGAGUCGACGCGCUCGAGACGCGGUGGCACGCGGCCGGCCGGCGCCCGCGCAUACUCACACACUUUAGUUUACGCGUAUGUUUCCCGUACGGAACACGUUUAACCUCGUCCACAGACUGUGAGCACCCAAUGUUUUGUCUUCCUGUCGACCGUGACAAUAAUAAUUGUGUGCUGAAAAUUACAUGAUCACGUGUGACAAUGUGUGAAUAUCGGUAGUGAGCCCGCGCAGUGCCACGAUCUACAGUUUAUUUUCUUUUUUGUUUAACGUCUACUUAAAACCAGUUUUGUCGAACUUAAAACAUCGGAGUUCUGAGCUUUAUUGAAGCAUUUCUGUUCAUUGAUCUAUUAAUUAGUGUUUUCUGUGUAAAUAUUUACAUGCUCCGAAGUUCUGUAACUAUUGUGCUAUUAUGACAUUAUAAGUUUGAUCUAAUAUUUGACUGUGGAGGUCAUAUAAGUUGUCACCAUGACUCAUACCUGACUACUGACUGUGUUGAGUUAACGUGAGAUGUUAUUCCGAUUAUGGUCAACUACUUUAAUGUGGUUUCAGUUGUAAAUUAGUUCGUUAUCAUUAUCAUUAAAUUUUCUGACAUUCAUGUGACCAUUACCUAGUUGCAUUGUUAUUACCUGGUUUAACCGUGACAAUCCCAAUGGUGAGAGAUUUAGAUAAAUGACAGUGAAUAAAAGACAUUCAUUCAUACCUUGUUUGUUUAGCUAUAGAUAAAACAAAAUAUAUGUCACCCGCAUUUAUGCGUGAUCGCCGUUAAUGUAUGCGCUGCCGAUACCGGUGUUUGCUCAGUGAUAAUGAUGCCGCGGGCGGGCCGCGCGCGCACUACGCUCACUGCUCACUAUCUUUGCGUAGUCUGAACCACGUGCUUACUCACCUGUCCGAGACUUCCACAAAAGCCAGUGACGUCAGUGUGCUCUAGUGAAGCAUGUAGAGAGUGGAGCGAUGUUUGUGUAAAGUUGAUGGUGAACAGUGUCAGUGACCGGUGUGUGGGGUGGAUAGCAGUUGUGUGUCGGUGCGCCGAUAUGUUGUUGUAUGGUGGCGGGCCAGUCAGAGGGGCUGUACAACGGAGACUCUCAGGUCCCUGCGGAAUUCCAUGCUGUCCUGGGGCAGGGGCGGGGGCUCCGCAGGCAGCUCGAAGCCCAAGCCUGCGCUCGUCAAGCACGUGCUGCAGACGCAUUCAAGUGGCGAGGAAGCCGGCAGCGACAGCGAAGCUCAAAGCGCGCUGCUCGCGGGCGCCUCCGCCCUGGCUCGAAGACGACACGCCAUAAGAUAUAAGAGAAAAUCUAAAAUUGCCUACAGAGUUAUCAGACGGACUGGCGAUGUCGGAGGUGCGCGGGUGCUGCGUUCGACCCCCGACUGGAGCGACACUGCCAUCAGUGGCGAGCACCUGUGGUCGCCCACCUCAGUGUCCGGAGAUUGUUGCUACGUCGGUGAUGCCGAGUGCCAGAAACAUGGGUCUCGUAUGAAGUGUUCGGCAUGCAAGAUCGUCGCGCACACAGCAUGUAUCGACAUACUGAUGGACCGUGUGCAGUUCACGUGCAAGCCAACGUUCAGGGACGUGGGAGUCCGGCAGUACCGGGAGCAGACCAUCACUCAUCACCACUGGGUCCACCGCCGCUCAGAGAAGGGCAAGUGCAAGGCCUGCGGUAAGUCAUUCCGGCGCAGCUGCUGUCGGUGGUGCAUACCAACUCAGGACACUGUAGACAAGGCUAUAGGAGUAGACAAUGGUGAAAUUGUGAAUUCGCUGCAGGCUAAACUAUCAUUUAGCUCGAAGGAAAUCGUUGCCUUGACUUGUUCGUGGUGUAAAGACGCCUACCACAACAAAGAAAGUUGUUUCAAUCUCCAGCGGAUAGGAGAAGAAUGCUCAUUAGGAUCGCAAAAUAAUAUAAUAGUACCGCCGUCAUGGAUCGUCAAGUUGCCAAGAAGAGGUAGUUUUAAGUCAUCGCUAAGAAAAUCGCCUAAGAAAAAAAGUGCUUCCAAGAAAAAAGGAAAAGAUUCUAAAAAUGAACAGAAAACGUUCGUAAUUAAGCCAAUUCCCACUGCGAGCGUAAAGCCAGUACUAGUUUUUAUAAAUCCGAAAAGUGGAGGCAACCAGGGAGCGAAGUUGUUGCAGAAGUUCCAAUGGCUACUGAAUCCACGACAAGUAUUUGAUCUCACACAGGGUGGACCAGGACCUGGCCUGGAGCUAUUCCGCAAGGUGCCGAAUCUGCGCGUGCUGGCAUGCGGUGGCGACGGCACCGUGGGCUGGGUGCUGAGCGUGCUCGACCGCAUCGGGACGCGGCCCGCCGUCGGUGUCCUACCGCUCGGCACUGGGAACGACCUCGCGCGAGCUCUUGGCUGGGGUGGCGGUUACGAAGAUGAACCAAUUUCGAAAAUUUUGGCGAAUAUCGGUGAGAGUGAUACGGUGUUGCUGGACCGAUGGGAGCUGAGCGUGGUGCCUAACACUGCAGCUGCCGGAGAAGACACCAGUAAUGCGAAGCCAGAACUACCACUCAACGUCGUUAAUAAUUACUUCUCAUUUGGCGUUGAUGCUCACAUAGCUUUAGAAUUUCAUGAAGCGAGAGAGGCGCACCCAGAAAAGUUCAACUCUCGAAUAAGAAAUAAGCUGUUCUACGGUACUGCCGGAGGGAAGGAUCUCAUGCAGCGCAAGUGGAAGGGUCUUGCCGAGUUCGUCACGAUGGAGUGUGACGGCAAGGACCUGACGCCAGUGCUCCGGGAGCACAAAGUUCAUGCCAUUGUCUUCUUAAACAUUCCAAGCUACGGUGGUGGGACGCACCCUUGGAACAAGUCAGGGGGAGCCUUUGAACCCUCCACUGAAGACGGCUUAAUAGAAGUAGUCGGAUUAACCACUUAUCAAUUGCCGUUAUUACAAGCGGGAGGACACGGCACCUGCAUCACUCAAUGCAAGACUGCGAAAAUCGUGACAACGAAGGUCAUACCAAUGCAAGUUGAUGGGGAGGCGUGUCGCCUGGCGCCCUCUGUCAUCACUCUCUCACGGCUCAAUCAGGCCACAAUGCUCGCCAAGAAGAAACCAGGCCGAACUAUCGCCCCUCAAACUACAAUGGACAAACUCACCCUCACAGUGAAUCUCAUAACGAUGGCUGAUUAUGAGCGACAUCAUUACGACAAGGAAUUACUCGCAAAGACAGCGGAACAGGUCGGCACUUUAGACGUGAACCCUGCUGCCGACUUAGAACAAAUGCGCGGCCUCAUUCAGAACAUGAUCAAAGAAUCUCAAGCGUACUCGAACCUCACCGACUGGUGGUUUGUCGACUCUGUGACGGCGGAGAGGUUCUUCCGUAUAGACAAGGCGCAGGAGAACUUGCACUACCCGGCGGACAUAGGGCACGACAACAUGUACAUCCUGGACGCGGCGCCGCACACGCCGCGCACGCCCGACACCGAGUCCACGGCGCAGCCCGACACCACGGCCACCGCCUCGCUCGAGCGCACCGCCGCCUCCGUCUCGCUCGACACCACCACCGGCCUCUCCGUCUCCCUCGACAUCUCGCAGAGUGUCGACACGCCCAGUGCUGCUGUCUCGCUUGAUGUGCCUGAAUCUCAUCCUUGUGAAUCGGGUUUCGGUAGUCCCGCGCGGUCUUCAGAAGAGUUGCUGUCGCCUCAGACGCCGCCGCCGAACGCGGUACCGACAGCCCCAACGACGCCGGUGUCGGUGCGGCCGCCGUCCCCGAUACCACCGACCCCUACAAGUCCGGGGACAGGGCCGCCCGCUCCACUGAGCCCGGCGGUGGUGCAAACCGAGCCAUUAUCUCCACCACUAUGUACUAGCCCACCCGCCAAAGACCACGAACCUACGACUGAUUCAAUAGCGCGGUUUAAAACAAAUUUAUUGGAAAAAACAUCUGAUGCCCUGCUCAAAGCGGCCAAAGUCGGUGAUCUGAAAAUGAUGAAAGAGUUGCACGCGGCGGGGUACUCGUUGCUGUCGAUCGACGCGACCGGUCAGACCGCGCUGCACGUGGCGGCGCGGUACGGGAACAAGGAGAUCGUGAAGUACCUCAUAGCGUGCGCGCCCACCGCCAUCCUGAACAUGCGCGACAACGAGCGCGGCCAGACCGCGCUGCACAAGGCGGCCGCGCACAAGCGCCGCGCCAUCUGCUGCAUGCUCGUGGCCGGCGGCGCCUCGCUCACGCGCCGGGACCACGCUGGACUCACGCCGCGACAUCUCGCCCUGCGCGCUGAGGACCACGACUUGGCCGCAUAUCUUGAAAGUCAGGAACAUUUUCAAUUAGUGUCUGAAGAUUUAGAAACUGCCGUUUAAUCAGUCGAACACAUUGUCCGCAUUCCCGGCGUGGCUGGAAAUUACCGAGAUAAGUCGUACCAGCGAACUAGUGAUAUAGUGAAAAUGACUGAAGAAUAUUGUUCGAAACACCGAAGUGAUAAUCAGAUCUGGUGUAGGAUUAUAAUAAAAACAUUUCUUUAAAAUAAUAAUAAUAUUUGAAAAUUUAACUUUAAUCAUAAUUAUAUUUUC